AAAAAAAUAUCAAAUGUUACACGCCAAAAAAAAAAAAAAGAAAAAAGAAAUGAAUGAUUCUGUUGUAACAGUUCAUACAGCUUUUAUUGAUGAGACCAAGGUGCAUUUAUAUUGGAUAAGGAGAGGUAUCCCCUUGCGUUGUAGGGUAGAGCUCAGAGUCUAUGUCGGUAUGACACUGUCCUUUUGAACCAGACUGCCUGCGAUGGGGGAAUGCAUCAGUAAAAAAUGACAAAACUCACUUCCCCAUGGGGGGCGAGAAGCCAAUUAAGCUGUUGAAUUUCGUUGGCGCAAUUCUGGCGGAGACCAUGCAACCCAAGAAAUAACAUAAAAUAAAGAAAUGCUUACUGCUGCCCUCCACCUUGAUCACUGUUACGAAAAAUCCAUUCUAUGUUGCCUGCUGUUGCUGCUGCUGACGAUGCUGCUCAACAAGGUUCAUCCGUAAAAUAUACCAAUCUCUCGAUAGAACAACUUACUACACCUGAACAAAGAAAAGAUGCUAUGGAAGUUAGAAUAGCUGUGUUCGUAGACGAACAAAAAUAUCCUUUAGAAACUGAAUAUGAUGGAUUAGAUGAAGGUUCAUUUCAUUGGGCUGCUUAUUGUGAUCUUGUUGAUCAAGAAAAUCACAGCCAGAUGGUGGCAUCGCAUGUGCCUGUUGGUACAGUUCGUUUGAUUCCAAAGCCUAAUGGUGUAGCUAAACUAGGUCGACUUGCGGUGCUUGCAGCCGCGCGUGGGCUUUACAUCGGUCAAACCCUUGUGAAGGAGUUUAUUGCUUAUUGCAAGAAGCAUGGAUAUCAUACGAUUGUAUUGCAUGCUCAAUAUCCUCGUCGUGGGUUUUAUGAAAAGUUGGGUUUUGUGAUUGAAGAAGGAGAAGAGAUUUUUGAUGAAGAUGGAACACCUCAUAUUCGAAUGUAUAUGCGCAACAUCCAGGCCUGA